UUGCGUCAACACUUUGGGGUAUUGUCGCGCGGCUCGGGAUCUUACGGGACCGUCCUUUUGGAGUAACCGCUGGAAAUCGGCGGCGUUUGUCGUUCAUACUCUGCGGGUAACCGAGUCAAAGCUCUCGGAUAGUCCUCAACUGAACUACCGGAGGGCUGCGGCGGGUACCGGGCUCCACACACGACCGUCCUCCGUUCAUGUAGGAUUGUAUCGAUCACGGAGCGCGCGUGCGUGUUUCACUUUGGACACACGCACAGUUACAGGUUGUUAGCGAAGUUAACCUAGCUAGCAGAGUUAGCAAGCAGCGACGAUCAUUUUUGUGUUUGUUUGCUUCGGAAGUGGUUCAGAAAAACCCUGCCGGCCGGUUUCCAGGCAGAAGCGGUCGCUCCGGUCACGAUGUGGGGUUUUCUGGGACGUUUAUCAAGUUGGCCGGCUGGUAGCAUUGGCUGACUGUCGCCGAACGCUCGGAACCGACGCUCCGGUGUUUGUUUUGUGUUCUGCUAAAGCGGACUCUGCCCCCGAGCCGUCGAAAGCCUCUCUAGUCCAUCAGACAGGACGGAAAAUUCUUCCGGAGAGAAACGAAAACCUGCCUGGAAGUUUUCUUUUUUUCUUUUGGGGAGAGGUUGAAAAGUUUUCGUGUCGGGUGGUUGAGGAUUUUUCCGAGCCUGUGGAAAAAUGGAUGCGGGCAUAGAGAAGGAAUGCAGCGCCUUGGGAGGGCUGUUCCAGCUCAUCAUGAACGACAUGAAGGCUAGCUAUCCGACCUGGGAGGACUUUUUAACGAAAGGAGCCAAACUCCAGUCACAACUCAGGACGACUAUUCUGGCUGUUGGGUCUUUCUUAGAUGCUUUUCAAAAGGUUGCAGACAUGGCGACGGGGACCAGAGGUGCGACAAAGGAGAUCGGCUCAGCGCUGACCAGGAUGUGCAUGAGACACCGUAGCAUUGAAUCCAAACUCAAACUGUUCACCACGUCUUUGUCAGAAAGUCUCAUCAUUCCACUUGAGUCAAAAAUGGAGGAGUGGAAAAAAAUGGCCAGCCAGCUGGACAAAGACCACGCCAAAGAGCACAAGAAGGCCAAAGCGGACAUCAAGAAGAAGUCCUCGGACACCAUCAAACUGCAAAAGAAAGUUAAGAAAGGGAAGGACGAGGCUCGCUGUCAGCUGGACAACGCGCUGCAGGACGUCAACGUGCGCUAUGCCGUUCUGGAGGAGACGGAGAAGAGAGCAGUGAGCAGAGCUCUGAUCGAAGAACGAGCUCGCUACUGCACUUUUGUCAGCAUGCUGAAGCCAGUGCUGGACCAUGAGAUCAACAUGCUGGGCGAGGUCACCCACCUGCAGACCAUUCUGGAGGACCUGAGCCUCAUGACUGCUGAGCCCCAUAAGCUCCCACCAGCCAGCGAGCAGGUGAUUCUGGACCUGAAAGGUUCUGAUUUCAACUAUGUGUAUCAAACACCUCCUGCUUCUCCCAGCAACACUCUGUCCAGGAAGAGCAGCAUCAGCAGCUAUCAGUCUGGAUCCGUGAGACACGUUCCCUCUCUAGACUCCAUCAGCUGUGCUGUGGACGGAGUUCACAUUCAGGAGGUCCUGGGGUCCACCAACCAGAUUGGAUCUGGGGGGGCGGAGAAUGGACUGCUGCCCCCCACACACAACAGCUACGCACCGCCUGGAGAAAGAGCCCGUGCCAUGUCGGCGUCUGGAAAGUCCUGUUCGGCCCGGGAUCAGCUGGCCUUGACGCUGGGAGCGUUAACCUCGAACGCUCCUCGCAGCAGCCGGGACUCGCUGCAUUGCUCCAGCGGUUACAGCACGCAGACCACCACCCCAUCCUGCUCUGAGGACACCAUCCAUACUCACGCUCUAAGGAGAGACCCUCCCCACUAUGUUGACUACGAGUCCAUCUCACUCCAUGGAGACGCUGACUCCAUCUCCUUCCAUCAUCUGUCUCACGGGAUCAACCAGUCCGACUUUGACAAGUCCUCCACCAUCCCACGGAACUCCGACCUCAGAGUCCAGUACAGGGAGUUUAUCCAGUCCAAACGGCCCGCCUCUACAGUCAGCUUAUUGGCCGAGGCCGACAUGAGUGGCGGCUCCACCCGCAGCCUGCAGUCAAACACUGCGACCAUCAGACGCAAGCCCACCUCCAAACCGGCGUAUCGCAGAGGCACAAUCAGCGGCGGCGUUCCCAUCCCCAUCAGCACACCUCAGAUCCCCCUGAAAGCUCAGGAGGGAAACAGCGGCAGCGACGAGAACGUCUUUGUGGGUCCCCCUGCUGGAGGACUGGGGGGGUUCGGCCACAGUAAACUCUGCACCUCCACCCAGAGUCUCAGUGCGCUACCCUCCUCUUCCUCUCCCUACUACCAGUUCAUCCCAGGGCAGAUGCCCAUCCCGGUGCCUGUGCCCACCGUUCCUGGAGAGGGCGGCAACCUUAGGCAGCAGCAGCAGAGGCAAAAUUUCCAACGACAGCAGCAGCAACGCGCUCAAGCAGAGCUGCACAGCCAGCAGUUUCAACAGCAGCAGCUUCAGCUGGAGCGAGCACAGCAGCAGCACCAACACCUGCAGCAACAGCAACACCUGCAGCAACAGCAACACCUGCAGCAACAGCAACACCUGCAGCAACAGCAACACCUGCAGCAACAGCAACACCUGCAGCAACAGCAACACCUGCAGCAACAGCAACAUCAGCAGCAACAUCAGCAGCAGCAAUAUGUGCAACAGCAGAGUUUUCAACAGCAACACCUGCAGCAACAACACCUGCAGCACAACAAGUAUCACCUGCAAGAGCAGAACCUUGACCCACAGGAAAAACGGAGGAUGUUUCAGCAUCAGGCGCAGCUCCAGGCCCCCGGGGCUCAGGAAGAGGCCCCCACCCCGGAUCACGGCACCAACCAUCAGCCUCCUUCCUCUGGCCAGGAUCAGAACCCGGAGCAGGCGGGGGGAGGAGGGGAUAUGCUCACGCUGAUCCGAAAGGUGACGCUCAGGAGGACUAUCACCAAUGAUCGCUCCGCCCCCCUCCUACCUGCUCCAGCCAAUCACAACUGAAGCAGGUGAUCAUGUGUUUGAGCACAGAAACCCUAAGACGGGUGUUUUAAAAACAGACUUUUUAAAAACUAUUUUUAUUUCAUUUGAAGAAGGACAUCUUUGAUUGGACGUGGUUCUGCUUUCUGGCUCCUCUCGGCUCACGCUUGCAUUUGGGUUCUUGGUUCUACCGGGACUCGGUCUGAUGGGGCCUCUUCAGUGCUCUUGGUGUCUCCUCAGGCCUGGAGAUGAGGUCCAGCAUCUCCUCAGGGUUUCAUGGUUGAACCAUGUCUGUGGAGAUGUGAGUCGACUUUAGUGGUUUCUGAGAUGCCAAAAGGCGCAUCUGUACUUUUUCUUUCAACUGUCGGCAAAUACCAGUGUUUUCUUUAAAUAACUGGCAGGUUAACUGGAAAAAGACGACAGAUGCUAGCAUAGCCGGCUAUGAUGAGCAGUGCUGUCGUAGGUAUCCUGAAGGUAGGAUGGACAGCAGUUUAAUGCUUUCCCCUCGGAAUUCUGGUUCUGUUCAUUUGUGAGGAUCCAAAUCAAGUUCUUUAUUUUUAGAGACAUGAGCAGCAGUUAGCCUCCGAGGAAGAUGGCAAUUUUCUGACCACUCCCCCUCUGAUUUACUCCUCCAUUUCUGCCCGUUUCCAUAGCAGCCGUGGACCAGAAGAGCUCUAUGUGAGCAUCAACUCACAACUUUGAGAGAUUCCAAUGAUCAAUGGAUUUAUCCCAUUGGUGGUUGAAUUUGUGGUCAGUCCUGGAAAUACAUUCUUUCUGCAUCGUGUCUCCAUCAAAUCUGUUACAGAUCUUUCUGCAGCUCACUGUCUUUCUCCCAGUUUCCUGCAAGACAAAUUUAGCAUCAACAAGGAAAACCAGCUAAAAAAACAAGAUUUAAAGCUGUUUUUGGUUUCUGUGGUUAACUGCCACCAGAGGGCAGCAUUUCCCCUCACUAGAAGAGUUUGCUUCUAACUUUAAACGUGACAGUUAAAAUCCUUGGUUUUGAAAGUAUUUAGGAUGAAUAAAGACCUAAACUACAACAGCAGAUGUAAAUGGUCUGAGCGCUGUCUGUGUUUGUCUUGAUUUUUGGGCUGCGAGUUCAAACCAAAACAUUUUCCUUUUCUAUGGUCCAAAUAUUCUCCUUUAAAGUCCUUCAUUAAAUAUAUCCAUUAUUUCUUCAUGUUUUGAAAGAAAGAAAGAUUUUCUUUCUUGUAUGUGUCUCCAUUCUGCAGACGGAUUCAGGUCAGACGGUUCUGUUGGGCUUAUGUUCAGUAGAAUGGAUCGGGUCGAAGUAGCUGGUUCUAGUUUAGAUCCUGAUCUGAGCUUCUAGAAUAUUAAUCAAUCUUCAAAAGUGAUCUCUGUGUGGUUCUAGUCCUGAAGUUGGUUUGUUUUACUGACCGGGUCGGCCUGAUCUUAAUCAUCUGGACGUUACUGGAAAGGAUCAAGCGUCCCCGCUGUAGAACACAUGGACCUGCUCCGUGCUGUUUCUGCACCUGAGGUCAGCUGUUCAAACUGAAAACACCUGAGAGUUUGUGUCACAGAGGAUGAUAAAGUCACUUCUUUGUUUUGCGUUUAAUGUAAGACCUUUUGUUGCUUUUAUUAUUUAUUGUUUGAAGCAGCAGAAGCUGCUAAUGCUGGCAAAGUCCAAACAGCUGAAUGAGUAAAAAUGACUUUGACGAGUUUACUGGAAGAUUCUGAAGGUUUCUGUGUGUGAAGAGGACCUCCUUAGGAUGCCCUUGCAGCUCUUCCGGGUCCAGCUGCAUGCUGGGAAAUGCAGUGCUGGCAGAACAAACGUUUCGGGAACUGAGACAGCAGAGACUGUUUUCUCCUCUGGACCUGGAGACGCUUUGACCUUACAGCUCCACUGCAGUUGUGAGUUCUUCUUUUCCUGCUACGGAUCCAAAUCUUUUUAUGAUAAUGUACGUACACUUCCUCUGAUUGUAUUUUUGCGUUGAUGAUUCUGCCAUCGCUGAUAUUUUUGUAGAAGCUUUAAGGAAAAAACUGGGUGAUGUGUGAGGACCUGCAGUCUGCCUGUCUGUCCGUCAUGUGGAAACCAGGCAUAAAAAUCAGGAUAAAUCUUUA